AUGCAAAGAACUUCACUACUUCGGUCUUUGUUUCUUUACCUUUGUCUCUUUAAAGACACAGUAGCCGAUGCACCUCCAAACGUUAACGAAUACGAAAGCGCUGUAUCACAUCUACGCCAGAUUGAAGCAGAGUAUCAAAGAAAACGCAUAUACACUGCAGACAACAUUGAAAAUAAUUUGAUAAUACCACCGUAUGACCCAAUAAAGCGGCAGUACAAUCUAAAAAAAUACAGAUCUCACAAUCCACCCUCAACACCACCACCACCACCACAACAGCUAACGGAGACAGUUCUCCCGUUACUAGAAAUUUCCGCUUCGAAAAACAAUCCAAAAGCAUUGAUAACAUUAGGAGACUUGUAUCUAUUCGGGAAUUACUCCUUGCCCACUGACUACCACAAAGCGAAAAACUAUUACGAGAAAGCCUUGGAAGUUUGGCCAGAUGCCCAUGCCUAUUUCAUGUUAGGCUUCAUUCACUCAACAGGGCUUUUUGGCGAGUUCCCUGUUGAUCAAAAACGCGCCAACUUGUACUACCAAGUGGCCGCGGAGAAUGGAGAUAUAAAUGCAUUGCAAGUUGUGGCUUAUCGGAACUUGAAAGGAAUAGGCGUACCUUCGAAUUGCGAAUUGGCGUUACCGUAUCUAUCAAGGUUACUGAUGAUGGGAUUUGACCGAGGAAGAACCCCUAUUGCUGAUAUCGACUAUAAUAUUAGAGUUUCUGAUUUCAAUGGUGGAUUGUAUGGAGAAAAAUUGAGUGAAACGGUGUCGUCCAUUGACAUUCCAUCACGGAAAUAUGCAGAUAUCAGAACUCAAAUUGAAGAGCAAAAAUUGAAUGCGAAUGAUCAUGAAUAUGCAACUUUUUAUUACAAUGGACUCGAGCAUUUAAGGGGUGAUUACUUUACGGAAAGGGACUUUGCUCAAGCUUUCCGAGAAUUUCAAAAAUGCGUAGCUAUAGGUGAGGAGUACUAUGGAUCAAGAGACUACCUGAAUGUUGACAGACUCGAUCGAGUGUUUUUGAGCCUUUGCCAGGUGAAUCUAGGUCGCAUGUAUUUGGAGGGCUUGUAUGUUGAAAAAGACGCAUCGAAAGCACAGCAAAUUUUACAAACUUCUUUGAAAGUAAAAGCCUCAUCAGAGGCUCUUAACCAGCUUGGUAUUAUUGAAGAGCAAGGACUCGUGGGCGAAGCGAAUCGAACAAAAGCAAUGGAGUACUAUACUUUGGCGUCUAAGCAGAAACGGGGCGCAGGCUCCAAGAACUUGGCAAAGCUGUUGAUGGAAACAGUUGGCACAGGCUCUAUUGAGUCUAAUGAGAAUAGGGAUUUGAUUUAUAAGCACAUGCAACAGGCAGCUUAUUAUGGUAGCACGGAGGCGUUGUAUUAUGUUGGAAAUUUUCUCGAAUCAGGCUUGGCGCACUUGGUAGAACCUGAAGAGCGAGUAACUUGCGCAAAGAUUGCCUUAUAUUACCGGGAAUUCAUGAAAAGAUUAACCUCAUUUUACGCACCACACUUGAAAUAUGCAUUUGAUGAGCUUGCAAGUGGGAACUUUGGCAAUGCUCUAGUUGGGUACCUGAUUGCAGCCGAGCAGGGUUAUGAACAAGCACAAGUCUCUGCGGCACAUUUGCUAUAUCAAGUGCAACCUUUGUACACAAGGCAAGAGACAAAGACAUUCACCCACGACAGAUUGAACUUGGCUAUACAAUAUCUCGAUCGAGCCUCGAAGCAGGGGAACGUAGAUGCAACGAUUCUUCUAGGAGAUAUAUACAAGGGACAAGACGGGCAUGCACAAAUUGAACCAGAUUAUGAGCGAGCGUUCAAUUACUAUAGAAUCGCAGCAGACAAACAUUCUUCGCACGGAGCUUUCAAGUUGGCUGAGAUGUACGAGUAUGGGUUAGGUUCAGAGAAUCAUUCUGUUGACUACUUUUUGGCAAAAAGAUACUACGACCAAAGUUUGCAAUACAAGGAAAAGUCUGAUUUAGAGCGACAAACACAACAAUUGAAGCCCACAUAUAGCAGUGCUCAUAUAAACUGGGCCCUUUUACGUUUGAGAUUUAAACAUCUUUUCAACAGAAAUAGUGCCAAUUAUCGAAUGGAUGAACACUCAAGUGGUUGGUUCAGCGCUUUGAAAUCGUUGGGCAAGAAAACCACUGGCGAGCAGAAAAGUGCUCAACAAAUGGAAUCCCUAUCCAAGGCAGACGCACAUCAUUACGGUACAUCUUACGACACAGAGUUUGUGGAGAAUUAUGAUGUCGGCGACUAUUUGGUUAUUACUUUGACAUUCAUAUUCUUUCUUGUUUUUUUCAUCCAAAAUAUAAUUCGACAAGUGAGACGCAUGAGGAAUGGGAAUCAGGAGAGACGCGAGCCCGAGCCCGAGCAACAAGCGCAAGACAGAGCUGAAUGGAACGGAAAUCAAUUCCAUUUCAGACGAGGUAAUUUCGAGUUUCACUUUUUCGCAAUAUAG